AUGAAGAAAGAAAUCUUUUCCGGUGCCGAGGCCACCGGAAGGGGUGGUUCUACCCUCCUAGUAAGUAGGAGAGAGAACUAUCUCGGUUCCAAAGAUCCCUUGGCUGAGAGGAAUUCCACCGAGGUUAAAGAAUUCGCUGGUUCAUCAGCACUUUCAUUCCCCUCUCCUGUAAAGCUAUAUCCAUCUGCUCCCUCUGUUUCUUCUUUAUCAUCGCGUGGCCAGCUGCCUACUGCUAGCUUUACUCCAUGUUUGCCUCACCAUUCUUCAGCGCACCAAGUUUCCGAUGGCCGCCGUGUACCAGGGCUGAAGUCACCUACAUUUUCAUCUUCUUUUGUGCUCCUCCCUGGUUGGAGUAAUGAUUCAACUAGGGGCUCUCAUGGUGGAUCAUCAGAUGGUUGGUCAGUUCCUGACCUGGCAAAUCCUCGUCGAGACAGGUGGUCAUUUGAUAGUGAAUCCUUUGGUUUCCAUCGUGAAAGGGCUACUACUAGCCGAGGUUCUGGGUCAUCUUCGUUCGAUCUCCAAACCUGUGGCAUAUGUGCAAAGCUAUUGAAUGAACUUGCUGUUGCUGUUCUAGUUUGCGGCCAUGUUUUCCAUGCUGAGUGCUUGGAGAAUAUGACAUCUGAAAUCAAUAGGUAUGACCCAGCUUGCCCUGUCUGUACUUUUGGGGAGAAGCAGGCCUUGAAGAUAUAUGAAAAAGCAAAAGCUAAGAUAGAAUUGAACUCUAGAAAGAGAUUUCGAAACAGGAUUGUUGACAGUGAUAUUAGUGGCAAUCUUGCUCGGUUCGAGCGUCAGAAAAGUAGUGCUCAUGAAGGAGGGUGGAGCUCCAGUUCCAGUAUGAAGAGCCCUUCAAAGAGGCCCUUCCUACGACAUUAUUUCUCCUUUGGUUCAAAGGGAUCAAGUCCUUCAACUCGGAGAAGGGGGUUUUCCUGGACAAGAUCUAACAAGAAGUAGGUUUCUAUAUGGACAUAAAAGAUAACCAUGGGUAUGCUCUCAGCAGUCAUGAUCUUGAUGGUGGAAAUGCAAUGCAUUCGCAGGCAAGUUAUACAUUGUAAAAAAAUGGGAAGAAUACAAGGUGGAUGAUUAAUUUGUUAAAUAGGAAAGAAGAUGCAAAUUGAAGAUAGUUGUUGUUUCAGUGUAUGUUCUGUUGGGUUACAUACAUGUCAAGCCCAUGAAAAAUUGUCCUGAAGAUUUUAUAUAUAUG